AUGUAUCAUCAAUCUAUCUGCUUAAGACUAAAAUAGAUGAAAACUAUGAAUACAACUUUAUCUUCCUCAGAAGAUGUCUAAUUUUCGAUUAAGCUUCAUUAUCAUUUCAGAAUAAUGAAAAAAAUCAAUUUUAUUAUUUUUCCAUCUUAUUUGAUGAAAAAGGCUUAAAAUAAAUUGUAAUUUAGUUUGAUGAAGAAUUUGAUUAGGUCUAAAAAUACAAUCAUCCUGUCAAAUUAUAACUAACUACAUAAGCCAAUGAUUAAGGAAAAAGUUAAAUGUUUAUUAAAUUAUCAAAAAUAUACUAAAAGCUAAACAUAAUCAUAAAGAAUCUAGUCUAGAUCUACUUCAUAAAGUGUAAUUUAUGUGUUUACUUAAUAUUCGGAAUUGUUUAUUGCUCCUAAAGCAAAUGAUAAUUAAACUAGAAUAAUUGUAGACAAAAUAAGAGUUCUGUAUAAAAUCAUCACAUUUAUUAAAAACAAGAAAUUUGGUCAAUUUUAUUCUUCCUUAUUUUUUGAAUGA